ACCAGCUCCAACAUUAUAGAAAUGAAACCAAAAGAAUGAAAUUGAAGGAGUUAUGCAGAACCAGAUGGGUGGAGAGACAUGAUGCUUUUGAGAUUUUUUGGGAUUUCCUUCCAGCAAUAAUAGAAACCAUGGAAAAGAUCAAAUCAGUGGACAAAAGCCCAGUUGCCAUAAGUGACACACAAAGUCUAGAAAACAACAUAACAUCCUUUCAAUUUCUAGUCUCCCUGCUUGUGACAAUGAGAUGUAUUGGAUACCUGAAACAACUUAGUACAUCACUUCAAGGUAGAGCUGUUGAUGUUGUGAGUGCCCUUGAGUCAGUGAGCCUUGUCAAGGAAGCUUUACAGGAUGUGAGAGACAAUAUUGGUGAAUUCCAUGCUAAGUGGUAUUCACAAAUAUUGAAGAUGGCAGAUGAUCUAGAUGUAACCCCAUCUAAACCAAGAACAUGUGGCAGGCAGACAACAAGAUCAAAUGUGCCAUGUGAAUCAACAGAGGAUUAUUACAAGAAAACCAUUGCUAUCCCUCUGCUUGAUCACAUGUUAACAGAAAUGAAUUCCAGGUUUGGUGACCUGCAAAUCAAGGCAUCCAUGGGACUUCAGGUAAUACCUGCCAUGAUUGGUCAAUCCUCAACUACUGAUUUUGAGUAUUUUGUGGAUGAUUUACCAUCUCCUUCAACACUGGAGCAAGAGAUGCAUAUGUGGAAAUUAAAAUGGGCAAAUGAGUCUGAUCCACCUUCAGAUAUUAUCACAGCAUUACAAAACUGUAUCUCAAUCAUAUUUCCUAAUGUGCACCAAAUUUUGAAAAUUUGUGGAACAUUUCCAGUAACCUCAUGUGAAUGUGAGAGAAGUAUCAGUAGACUGAGACUUGUGAAGACAUACUUACGAUCAACAAUGUCAACAAGUAGAUUAUCUUCUCUUAUCAUGAUGUAUGCUCAUAGGAACAUGACUGUAAAUCCAAAGGAGGUGGGGAUGCAGUAUGCAAGGAAAAAUCCAAGGAGAAUAGUGCUACCAGACAUUCUUGUUGAUUAA